UUAAGUAUUUGAGUAUUAUGGAUUACAUGAAUCAUACUUCUCCUCUUCAGUUUAUCCUUAUUGGACUGUCCACAAAUAGUUAUCUACAGAGUGUAUAUUUUGUUAUAUUUUUAAUAAUGUACAUAGUCACAGUUGUAGGUAAUGCCCUUAUCAUCAUAGUGGUCAGAGUUGACAGCAGACUUCAUACCCCAAUGUACUUUUUCCUUAGUAACCUUUCAUUCAUUGACCUCUGCUUUUCUUCCACCAUUGUGCCAAAACUCUUAGUCAUUACCUUAACCAAAGACAAGAGUAUUUCUUUUCUAGGCUGUGCAACCCAAAUGUAUUUCCACUUGGCUUUAGGAGGAACUGAAUGUGUCAUUUUGUCCAUCAUGGCUUUUGAUAGGUACAUGGCUAUCUGCAAUCCCUUACGGUACAACACUAUUAUGAACAAGCAGCUCUGUAUUCAAUUGGCGGUUGGCACAUGGUGCGCUAUCUUUGUGAACUCCAGCUCUCAUGCGUUCUUUACUUUCCAGCUGCCAUACUGUCGGUCAAAUCAUGUUGACCACUACUUUUGUGAAAUGCCCCCUCUCUUCCGGUUGUCUUGCAAGGAUACUUUAUUGAACGAAAUAGCUGUAUAUGUUUCCGGGGGACUUGUUGCCCUUUGUGCUUUUGCUCUGACGCUUAUGUCUUAUGUUCAAAUUAUUUCCACCGUCCUGAAGAUUCGGUCCACUGGAGGAAGACACAAAGCUUUCUCUACUUGUGCCUCGCACCUUGCUGUAGUUUGCCUAUACUAUGGGGCCAUUUCCUUCAUGUACAUGAGACCUCGAAACAGCUACUCACCAAACAAAGACAGGGCAGUGUCAAUCCUCUAUACAGUAGUGACUCCAAUGGUAAACCCCAUAAUUUAUAGCAUAAGAAACAAGGAGGUCAAAGGAAGUUUGAAGAAAAUGAUUAUUUCAAAAAUGAAGUCUUAAUUUUCAUCUAUAGGUGCCAAAUGCUAGGCUUUAAA